AAUACCUUAAAAAUUAUUUCAAGAGCUCUUUCCUUUCAGCAGGCCACAGACAAUCCUCCCUGCCUGGUGUUACUGGUAUUGUAAGAACAAGUCAUACCCAAAUCUCCCUUCUGCUUCUGCCAAAGUGUCCCUGAUGCUAAGAUUAGUAUCACUGACCUGGGGCAGAAGAAGGCAAAAAUGGAUGAGUUCCUACUCUGUGACCACAUGGUAUUGGAUGCAUAUCAGCCGUUCUCCUCUAAAGCCCUGGAGGCUGCCCAUAUUUGUGCCAACAAGUACAUGGUGAAAAGCUGUGGCAAAGGUGGUUUUCACAUCCGAGUGCAGCUCCACCCCUUCUAUGUCACCUGCAUCAACAAGAUGUUGUCCUGUGAGAGUGAUAGACUCCAGACAGGUAUGCAUGCCUUUGGAGAGCCCCAGGGCACGGUGUCCAGGAUCCACACUGGCCAAGUCACGAUGUCCAUCCUCACCACGCUGCAGAACAGAAAGCCUGUGACUGAAGUGCUCUGCAGAGCCAAGGGAAAGUUUCCUGGACACCUGAAGAUCCAUAUCUCCAAGAAGCGGGGAUUUACUAAGUUUAAAGCAGAUGAUUUUGAAAACACGGUGGCAGAAAAGCAGUUCAUCCCAGAUGGGUGUGGGGCCAAAUAUAUCCCCAGUCGUGGCCCUCAGAACAAAUGGUGGCCCUUGUGUUCAUGAGAGUCAUGGCA